AUGAAGUUCAUUCCGCUAUGCAUCGCACUCUUGGUAUUCCCAAAGGUCGGAGAAGGAUGCCCUAGGCGACGUCGACGCCGCCCACCCUCGCCACCACCACGAAAUUGUGUACCAGGAUCAUGGUCAUGGUGGAGCGGGUGUAGCCACCAGUGUGGUUAUGCGGGCACCCAGACACGACACAGGGGGAAAAGCGUGACCGAGUGCUGUGGGGGAAAAUGUCCAUAUCACUUUUCGGAGACCCGGGCAUGUAACAGAAACGCGUGUCGUAAUGGAGGAAGACCUGCCUAUGGACGGUGCAACUGUAACGCGGGAUGGACGGGAACGUGCUGUGAUAGGGGUAGGUAGAAACGUAAUAAAAACUUUUAUAAAUAUAUUGGUGUUACCAUCACCACCGUCUCAUUACCAGUAAUAACCAUCAUUUCAUCACCGUAUCAUCAUCAUUAUCAACACCAUCAUCAUCAUGCACCACACCAUUGUAACAACCAUCAUUUCUUCAUCAUUACAUGUAUCACCACCAUCAUUAUCACCAUAUUAUCAUCAUUGUGAUUAUUAUUAUUACCAUCCCCAUCACCAACAUUAUCACAACAACCAUAGUUUCUUCCGCACUACAUUUAUCACUAUGACUAUCACCGCCAUAUUAUUAUCAUCAAUAUCACCAUCGCACCAUUAUUAAUUAUCACAAUCAAAACACCACCAUCUUUAUGGUAUAUCACCAUCACAACCAUCGUCACCACCAUCAUCACCAUCAUAAUCAUCAACUCCGUUAUUAUCAUAAUCACCACCACCAUCUUUAUUACCACCACAAUCAUAUCGUCACCAUCAUUAUCAUCACCCCAAUCGUCAACCCCGUCAUUACCAUAAUCACCACCAUCUUUAUUACCACAACCAUCAUUAUCAUCACCAUCGUUAUCAUCAUUAUCAUCACCAUCAUGAUCACCACAAUCAUAACUCCAUCAUUACCAUAAUCUGAUAAUCACCAUCUUUAUUGCCACCACCAUCAUCAUCAUCACCAUCAUCAUCAUCAUGGUAAUAUUGAUGGUAGACGUAUGAUCUAACAUAAAUAAGGAGUUUGCAUUGUAAGUUUAUGAAAAAAUCUCGUCACAUGCGUAUUAUAUUCUGAUUUGUAUUUUCGACAAAUUUACAAUUAGAACAAUGUCCAAAAUAAGCAAAUGAUAUAGUUAUGAAUAAACAAGACAUUGGAACUAAAAGUUUAGUUUGUCUUAUUUCAAAGAACGUCUAAAGUUAUGUAUCGUCUAGAGUUAGAAAAUACAAUAAAUAUGCAACAACCACUACAAAUACCAUGGCCACAACCAUCAAAUAUUGACCCCAUUAACAUUUCAGAUGUUAACGAAUGCCUGCAAGGACCGUGCCAGCACAACUGUCAAAAUGUUCAAGGCAGUUAUACAUGUAGUUGCAAUUCAUGCUACACAAAAGUUGGUACUAGGUGUCAACUGCGACAGUGCCGUAUUGGUGGUGUAUGUUAUAACUACGGUAGAGUGAACCCCGGGAAUCAAUGCCAGGUAAUAUACCGUAUAGACUAUUUCAACCUUUAAUACUGAGCCGUUAGUAGUAACCAAACUGAAGCAGUUUUAUGUACUAGUUAAAACAUGAGCAGCCGAUCUUUAUCUGAUAUACAAAGUCGAGCCCAAGGCUCUUAUGAGUUCAUUGUCGAAGUAAUUUUAAAAAUAAACAUUGUCUAAGCCGAGAAAAUCAAAGCUGAAGUUUGUGUAAAUCAGGACAAAUCUUUAUCCGAUUUACAAACAUUGAUUAAACAUUUAUUUCUUUUGAAUUUUCUUCAUGAAUUAUUAAUGAGUCUUUUAAUUAAUCUUGAUAGAAUUAUCAGUUUUAAACCUAUGGUUUUAAACUGUUCCCCCUAUAGAUCCAGUUAUGGCCAUCCCUAGUUAUCCCUGAAAAUCUGAAAUGUCCAGGGUUACUACAGGAGGAAACCAGAGGCUAAGCUAACUAAGCAUGACUUCUUACCACCUAAACCAAACACAAAUCACCAACACUAUAGAUUGGACUGUAUUACUGUAUUGUCUGUAUACUUCAAUUUUCUACGUCUAGGAUUGUCAAAGAUAUCGAGAGACGGUAUGGACCAGCAAUAAUGCGCUCUCUUGCAGUGAUGGCAAUUUGUGUACGAGGAAUGAUCGAUGCGUGAACGGCGCAUGCACAGGAACCCCGUUCACGUGCAGAUCAUGUGAAAGAUGUGAUGGUAAUAGAUGUCAGAUCAAGCCUGGUUUCUGUGUGAUCGAUGGAAAAUGUUACACAAAUGGGAAUAUACGACCAGGAAAACCAUGCCAGGUGAGCGGGUCAUAUUUAAAGCAUAGGUCAGUAGGUAUGUGUCUUGGUAGGUAGGCAGGCAGGCAGGCAGGCAGGCAGGCAGGCAGGCAGGCAGGCAGGCAGGCAGGCAGGCAGGCAGGCAGGCAGGUACACACGUAAAAAUCUCACAACUUGUCAACAAGAUGUGUCUGCAACAGGCUUGUAGCAAGCUUGUGAACAAGUUGUAACAAUGCUGUUAUUUUAUCAAGUUGCUACAAGAUUGUCACUCAGAACUUGUUGACAAAUUGUUGAAUUGCAGGACGAUAACAAGUUGUUGGAACAACUUGUAACAAGUCUGUUGAGCUCAACAACCUUGUAGUAAGUUGUCAACAAGCCGUCGACAACUUGUCAACAAGCUGGGAACAAGCAGUGCGAACACAUCCUGUUGACAAGAUGUUGGAACAGCAUUGCUACAAGUCUGCUACAGGUUUGUUACAACUUGUGCGUUUUUACGUGUGUAGGUUAGGUAGUUAGUUAGAGUUAGGUAGGUUGGUAUGUAGGUAGGUAUGUAUACAUUUAGAUAUGUAGGUAGGUAAGUAAAUAACUAAAAAAGUAAGACGGAGGGAUAUAACGCUAUUAGUGCUCAUCCACUAGAAACGUAUCGACACUGAAACUUAGGCUUCGGUGGUGCAGUAGUCAGAGCAAGCGCCAGGCCCUGGCAAGCGUCUUUCACCUCUGAGUUCGUGGGUUCGAUUCUCGCUAUGGACUCAUGUGAAAAGUGUCAGUCAACGCUCUGCCGAAAGUCGUAGGUUUUCUCCGGGUGCUCCGCUUUCCUCCCACAGGGAAAGUUGACAGGGUGGGUUAGGAUAAACACAGUUAAGAAGUAAUAUAUGAACAACGAGAGCGAGUGUUUCACCGGGAUAUCCAAACACGAGAAAACAAUGUAUGAGAACACGAGCGCGAUGCGCGAGUGUUUUCAUACAUUGUUUUCGAGUGUUUGGAUAUCCCGGUGAGACACGAGCUCGAGUUGUUUAUAUGGCUUCUCAAAUGAAUCGAGACGUGACAGAAUGUUUUCGUUUGCUGAUUUGAAUAGAAUUCUUAACCAAGCAUAACGUAAUUAGGAAUUCUAUUCAAGUAAUUUUGCAUGCGUAAUUAAGAUAUUUGAUGAAAACACAAGUGACUUUCAUCAAGUAUCCAAAUGGCAUCUUGUGAUCAAAUAGAUGAUUAUCAUUGGCUGAAUUACUCAUGAAUUAUUAAUGAAUUUGAGAAAGUAAUAUCACAAUUGUCGUGAAGAUAAAAUAAUCUAGGUUAAGUACACGCGUAAAACGCUCAGGUUGAUGCAAUACUGAUGAAAACAGGAUUGAACAAUGCUUUGCUGUCCACAUUGUUCACAGUUGUCAACAAUAUUGAACAAUAUUGUUACACCCGAUUCAGGCUCAACAACAUUGUUCAAUAUUGUUGACAAGUGUGAACAACGUGGGCAGCAAAACAUUGUUCAGUCCUGUUAAACAGCGGGCUCGGCGUUUUUUGCCGUGUAUGCAAGUAGGUAAGCGUAAUACUUGAUGAUCAUAUUCACAUGUCAAUUUCCGCUAUAGAAAUGCUAAUCGUAAUCGUAACUAAAAAGUUUGCACAAAAUGCAUUGUAACAUAUCUAUUCGUCCAGCAAUGCAACAGUAACAACCCAACAAGAUGGACAGCAAACAACAACCUCAAAUGUAGCGAUAAUAAUGUGAGGACAAGAAACGAUCGUUGUAUUAAUGGAGACUGUAGUGGACAACCUUACACGUGUCUAUCAUGCCAAGAUCACUACAACGACGUGUGUAAACCGAAGUCCGGAUACUGUAUCAUCAAGACCAACAAUGUGGACACAUGUUACCGCGCGAAUACGGCAAAACCCGGGAACACAUGUCAGGUAGGGUGAAAAACAGUUCAAUUCUUUCAAAGCUUGCGUCUUGUAACUCAAGUCAGAUCGGAAUGAUUUCGUCACGGCUAUAGAGGUAUCUCCUUUAGUCGCAUCACAGUAAUCUCCAGGUCAGCAAUAAUUCAGAGCGGGACGAUUUUUGUUUUGGUCAUAGUGUUGUCUGUAGUCACUGUUUAUAUACAUGUUGAAAAAUUACUUAGACAACUCUGUAGUCUGUAUAUCUUGUAUUGUUUUACUUUUAUUAUGUUUGGUUUUAAAGUGUAUAUGAAAUGAAAUUUCUUAUUUUCUUAAAUGAAAUAACUCUUUAAGCUGUAGUGUAACUUAUUUUUCAGUUUCCUAUUUUUAUGAUUUGUUCCCGAGAUAUUUCAAUUUGUUUGAUAUGUAAAUGAGUGUGAAUAUGUCCACUAAUUUAUGACGUCACGUUGGUUGCAAGCUCAUCAAAAUGGUUGAAUAUCACUGCUAUCAUCCAAGAUGAUAAUUUCAAACUUCACUCACUGGUAAAUGUGAUGAAAUACUGGAGAAAAACUUGAACUGAUAUCAACAAUUUUUAGAGUUUUUGAGCUUGCAACCAACAUGACGUCAUAAAUUAGCGGACAUAUUCACACAUAUUCAUGUAAAUGUACAUAUCAAACAAAUUGAAAUAUCUCGAGAACUGAGAAAUAUCUCCAUAAAAAAAAGAAACUGAAAAAUAAGUUACACUACAACUUAAAGACUUCUUUCAUUUAAGAAAAUAAGAAAUUUCAUGUCAUAUAAACUUUAAAAUUAUUUGCUGGGCUCUGAUUUUUAUCUUUAAAUUAAGUCUGUAGUCAUCCCACUAGUUAGAACGUUGUAAGACCAGUCUGAGGGUUUCUGAACAACUACAUUAACAACACCAAUAAUAUUUAUUGUGGAUUGUGAUAUGUGCGAAAUAAACUAAAAUGAUUUCCGACUUGGUUUUAAGUUAAAUUGUUGCAAAAUUUUAAUUUUUUUCGUAAAACAAAUUUUUCGUACUUCACCCAGUCUCAUUUCAAGAAUAGCUUCCGUAACUUGUCAUUCCAGCUAUUACAUCCUGAAUUUAAUGUUUUACAAAGUACUGGUUGAAAAAUCCCUGUUUCUUAUCUAUUCUUUCAGUGGUGCAAUUCAGCUACGACUACAUCUGCAUGGACAAACAGAAAUGGAAUAUCUUGUGAUGAUCGGCAGAAAUGCACGCGCUCAGAUAAAUGUACCAAUGGUCAAUGUGGCGGCAUCAGUUUUAAAUGCAAUACACUGUGUCAACACUGUGAUGGAAAUGGUUGUAGUUUGAAUACAGGUUUUGGAUAUGUUGCGGGGAAAUGUACUUGUAAAAUAGCAGGUAGGUGAACAUUGGCGACGGGAAAAUGUCUGCCAAAAUAGGAGUAAGUACAGGAAAAGCAUUUACUGUAAGGAAACGUCUAAAGGUAUAAGCUCAGAAAUUCCACAUGAUCCUUUCGACAAGAAGAACAGUUUACUCCUCGUAAUUUUGGUGAUAAUGAUAUUGUUGGUGAUGUAGUGGUUGCGAUGUUGAUGGUAAUGAUUUGAAUUGAGUGGCUUCCACAUAAACACACAUUUACUGACUGGGUCAACUAAGGUUAAACUUACAUUUCUUGGUAACAGGUAAUGAUUACAACCAUCAACAGCUAAACCCAGGCAAUGAAUGUCAGUGGUGUGACCUUUAUGACAAAGCUUCCAAAACAAGCUCUGUGUGGACCAACAAACCCGCGGUCUCUUGCAACGAUGGCAACGCCUGUACGAAAGAAGAUCUCUGUCAAAGCGGCCGAUGUGUGGGUAAGGCAUACAGUUGUCAAUCAUCCUACCCCCAGAUCAGUUGUAUACAGCGCUCUGAGUGUGUGGGAAACGGGACAUGUAGGGAUAUCAUGAGACCCAGAGCGACAAUAUGCCGUUCACCUGUGGAUAAGUGUGAUCAGCCUGAAAGGUGAGACGACAGUUUGGUAGUUAAGGAGAUUUUUUUGAAAGUUGAGUCUUGGAAAACUAGGAAACAUUGUUUCCUGGCAAUGUUUCCCGAAGGUGGGCAAAACAGGAAACAUUGCUUCCUAGCCAUGUUUCCAGAAGGUGGGCAAACCAGGAAACAUGUUUCCAGUAGCCAUGUUUCCCAAAAAUGGGCAAACCAGGAAACAUUGUUUCCUGGCCAUGUUUCCCGAAGGUGGACAAACAGGAAACAUUGUUUCCUAGCCAUGUUCACCAAAGGUGGGGAAACAGGAAACAUUGUUUCCUAGCCAUGUUUCCGGAAGGUAUUGCAUGAAAUUUAAGGCAAAAUUAAAAGUUUAAAGAACCAAGAUUUUCAGCAACAAAACGUAGCAAUAUGUUGGCAAGCUAAAUCCUCCCUCCAAAAUUUCGCGAAGUGUUCGCUACUGGUAUACUGGUAGACAAAUAACAUGACCAGAAACAAAAUUCAGAGUCUAAUUUCUCUUUCACAGAUGUAACGGUGCACUGGGAACAUGUCCACCACGUGUUGUCGACGCAAUUAGACUUCAAGAAGGGCAAUCUGCUUUAACUCUUUCAAACUUUGUAAGUUCCAUCGCAUAUCAACCAACCACGGACAAAUUCUACCUCAAACUAACUGGUUUUUCAGUAACAUGUGGUGCCCUCACUAUAAAAUGGUCUUUACUGAAAGGCAAAGACAGCUGCGCUCUUGGUAAAAACCCCGGUAACCUGACCAACACAAACAACCACGUCCUUAGCCGGUUGACUUUACAGAACGGCGAGGCAUAUAAAGUAGUUGUACAGACUUACGAUAUUCGUGGACAGUUUGGGUUGCCUGUAUGUAGCAACGCGGUUACCAUAGAUACCAGCAGGCCGAGUGGAGGAUGGAUUCGCGAUGGCCUGGGCUCGAAAGACGUUCAAUUCCAAUCGAACAAAACAAUCAGUGUAACCUGGGGUGGUUUUAAAACAACUCAUGGUAUAGCAAAGUAUGAAAUAGCUGUGUACUAUAACAACACUGUCUUACAAUCUUUUACUAAUGUUAACCUCAAAGCAUCUUUUUCCAAAACCUUUUCAAUAAUCACAGAUGGCAGUAACAUUAUCGUAACAGUCAGAGCAUUUACAAAGGCAGGUCUUUAUUCGGAAAUUUCCAGCAAUGGGGUGACGGUCGAUACGUCCAAGCCUAAACCAGGGACGGUCUCGGACGGGCCGUCUUCUGAUCUCAAGUAUGCUAGCUGGACUAGGACCUAUGAUGCCAGUUGGACUCAAUUCACGGACGCUCAUACACCUAUUGUCGAGUACAAGCUCGGUGUGAAAAGAAAAGAUGGCGGGUUCGUUUCGUCCGGGUUGACUUCGGUCGGUUUGGGACGUGCCGGUCAGUUGUCGGGAUUGACUCUAACCUCGGGGGUCCAGUAUUGCGCUAUUGUCGAAGGGGUCAACGCGGCCGGUCUUAGUACCCAGGCUUCUUCCGACUGUCUCCUCAUAGACCACUAUGCACCGCGACCUGGCACGGUCAAUGAUGGAACCUCGGAAGACAUCGAUUAUCAAUCGGCGGAUAACGUCACUCACGCAAACUGGAAUGGAUUUGACGACGGGCAAAAGGGUAGCGGACUUGCGGAAUAUAGAUACAAGUUAACGGAUAAGAAUAACAAAAGUAUUACAUCAUGGGCUUCUGCAGGUCUUCAAACUAAUAUCACAAUUACAGGGUUAAGCCUUUCAAAUGGUAAUACGUACUAUCUGACAGUACGUGCUAUUGACAAAGUAGGACAUUACGUUGAUGUCAAAUCAGACGGAGUUUUUAUCGAUAUAAGUCAUCCAGUUUAUACAGGUAGUUUGAGCGUCCAGGGUGAGACAGCUCAAAAGAAUGGCGAGACAGUGGUGUAUAUCAGAGAUAAAGACUCCGUAACAGUCUCCUGGCCACAGUUUGUAGACGAACAUAGCGGGAUAAGGAAGUAUCAAUGGACUGUUGUCGAGAAGAAUGUGCAGCCAACAUCAUGGAAAGAUGUACCAGGAGUUAAACUUGCUACCAAAGCUAUUCUAAGGUGAGUACAAACAGUUUUCUGCAGUCUAAAGUUUCAUGUUGUCUGCACGUGAACUUUCUUUGGAGACACCAUUUGCCUCCUGACAAAUCUGAAAAUAAUCAAGAUGGUGACUCUGAUUGAUUUACAUAUUCUAUUGACACAUGACUAUUGAUAUUGCUUUUUAAAAAGUCUUCAAUAUUUGAGUGAGUCAUGCUUUGGAAAUGACAAUAAAUUUUUAUUACCCAACUCUUGAGUUGUUUUGUUUUUUAUUUACCCAACCUUUUACUCACUCAAAAUUUUGUUUACCCAACCCUUUUCUCUUCAGUGCUACACCCCGCCAUAAAUUAUGACCGCUCCCUCACAGUGAACCCUCUCUCGAUCUUGCCCAAAAGACCAAUUCAGUGGAUGAAUCACUACCACUAUCGCCUGAUAAGACUAUACUAGAAAAUCCAAGCAUGCAAAUAGAAAAAAAUUGUAAACCUAUACCUUACAACUAACCUAUGCAUUACAACUAAAAAGUAAGACAGCGUUGCAUUAAAACGUUAAAAGUUUGUGUAGGGAAGGCUCUAUGAUCUGUGCAUGAUAUCAGCUUGUAGAGAAUUAAAUAAUGGGGCUGAACAACCUUGAAAUGUAUUACAAACUAUAGAGGUAAAACUAAAUUGACUUCAGCAUUUGACCGUAAAACGCGCGCGUUCUCAGGACCUCUCUAGCUAACGUAGAGAGGCCAAUCCCUCCUAUAUAACGCCUUAUGUGUGGCUUUACCAAAUGUGCCAGUCCCUUCGUUCACGCAUGGGUAACCGAUCCAAUUUAAAAAUCGAUUCACUGCUAUUUACCUAAAGUGCAGUCACAAAACUAGCUGCUGGAAAUUGUAUUCGCUGCAAUCUCUUGAGAAGAUGUUGGGUUAGUGGAUAGAAUACAAUGUCACCAAAGUCUUUACGAGAAAAAAUUAAGCUUUCAGCCAAAUGCUUCCUCAGGGUGAAAGUUGUAAAGUUUUUUCUGAGAUUUGCUAGAGUGCCAUAGCACAUCGAGGCGAAGAGAGAACCUUUGCCCACUUCGAGAACCUUUGUCCUCUUGAAGAACAUUCGUUCUCAUCGAGAGCCUUUGUCCUCUUUAAAUAGCAUAUUACAUGUUCAAUUUUUCCUACGUUGUUUCAAUUUAGAAACCUCUCGCUAACAAACAACAAAGAAUAUCAACUGACUAUACGUGGCAUCAACAACGCUGGUCUUCAUGCCGACAUAAAAUCACCUCUACUCAUCCCGUUAAGUGAAGCUCCAGAUCUCGGGACGGUGUCGGACGGCGAUGACCCGACGAUAGAUAUCGAUUACCAAACGAACACAUCCGAAAUUUACGCGACCUGGAAAGGUUUUGAAACGCUGAGCGUUAUAGUCCGAGCUUACUUCAUUGCUGUCGGUAGCUGCAUCAAAGGAAACUAUCACGUGACUAAUAACCAGUUUAUACCGGUUAAUCCAGCCACGGCUACCUCGUUUGGAAUACAAGGACUGAGUCUGGUCAACGGUCAGAAAUAUUGUAUUAAAAUCAAAGCAGAAAAUCUAGCCGGGGUUCAAACUCAGCCUGUCUCAUCGGACGGAUUCAUAGUUGACGUGACUCCCCCUGAUCUGAAACGGGCGAUGGUAUUAGACGGUAGUGGCGAUGAUGAUAUAGAUUAUCAGUCAAGCAAGGAAGAGCUGUCCGCUACUUGGACCGGGAUUCAAGACCAUGACUCGGGGAUAAAGAAUUUCGAAGUUGCAGUCAGUCGGAAUCGGGUUGGCCAACCAGAUGUGACGUCAUUCAUAGACGUUGGCCAAAACACAUCAGCAAAAAUAUCUGGGCUAAGUUUGCACAACGACGUGUAUUACGUCAUGGUGUGUGCUAUAAAUAACGCAGGAUUAAAGUCAUGCCUAGGUUCAGAUGGAGUGCUUAUUGAUCCAACACCUUCAACAUCCGGUGUGGUGCAUGAUGGAAUACUAGAACCGGAUGUUCGUUACCAGUCUUCCACGACAGAGAUGAGCGCAAAUUGGGAACGAAUCUGGGAUUUGGAAAGCAGAGUGGAAAGAUUUGAAUGGGGGAUUGGGGAAAAGUAUCCGGGAUCUGUUUUGAACUUUGUUGACGUAGGUCUGCAAACUCACGUGACAACUGAGAAAGUGUUAUCUCUACAACAUGGUCAUAAUUACACGGUAUUCCUGCGCGUGUACAACAGAGCGGGGGGUUUGCGUGAGUUGAGAUCGAAUGGAGUCACUAUUGAUACCACUCCCCCCGUGCCGAGUCACAUUACGCUGGGAUUGGAGUGGCGCUUCAUCCAAGAGACUGGGACCUAUUAUUCAUCUACUGCCUCGGGAAUAUACGUGACAUGGGGAGAUUUCAAGGAACCUGAGAGUGAAAUAUGGUACUACAAGUGGGCGAUAGGGACAUCUAAAUGCGGUACCCAGGUUCAACCGCUCAUAAACAUCGGUUCAGCGACGAGUGCCAACACUACAGGAAAUGAGCUACACUUCCGAUCUGGCGUGCCUUAUUACGUCACAGUGAUAGCGCAAAAUCGAGCCGACCUCGUAUCACGUGCUUGCUCGUCACCACUCCUUUUUGACCACACUCCGCCUCGGGCUGGCAACAUCCGGGUAACUUCACAAACAGGGACUGAGAAAACCUACUUCAGUUCUGACGAGGACCCACGCGUAACCUGGUUCGAUUUUGAGGAUAUGGAAAGCGGGAUAGAAAGAUAUGAAAUUUCAGUAAUGCAAUCUAAUACAUCCGUGCUGAAAUAUACUUUUAACUCAACCCAAGUCCAGUUUGACAUUUCACUUCGUAGCUUGCCGCACGGAACAGCAUGUGCCAUAGUCUUUAAGGCCAUCAACUAUGCAGGACUAGUAACCACAGUUUAUUCAAAACCUUUCACCAUAGAUAACACCCCGCCAUUUUAUACCGCAGUUGAAGAGGCACUACCUCGGCGAAGCUACCAGUCUCAUUCCGACACACUUAAAGUAGCUUGGGAACGAUUUGCAGACAAUGAAAGCCCUGUAGAAUUUUAUGAAAUAGGCAUAGGAACAAGAGCAUCCCUAGACGAUAUACACGAAUUUACCAGAACUGGUUUGGGUACAAAUUUUGAGUUUACUGAUUUGGAUCUAAAGGAUGAUCGGGGAUAUUAUGUUACAGUCAGGGCUAGCAAUGCAGCAGGGCUGGUGACGUCGUUGUUAUUACAAGUUCUGGUCGUUGACCAAACUGCACCAACAGGACAAAAUGGAAGUGUCAAAGAUGGACGUUCAGAACGCGAUAUUGAUUUCAUCUCGAUCAAUGAUUCUGUCUCUGCCACUUGGGAGAAUAUCACAGAUCUAGAAAGUGGUGUAGAAAAGUUUGAAUAUUGCGUGGGCACCACUCGCUUCAAUUGCUUGAUCAAACCGUUCACUUCAAUGGGACAAAACACAUCAUUUGUAUGCCAAGACUGUAAAAUGCACAGGGAUGUGAAAGUCUUUUCGAGAGUCAGGGCGACUAACAAAGCGGGGUUAUCCGCCAUAUUUUCUUCAGAUGGCGUCACUGUGGAUUCCAGUCCUCCGCAAAUAGGCCGUGUACUUGACGGAGAAAGAGCGACAAGUCCAGACUUUGAGAAGGUCGACCGUGAUUGGCUGCCUACAGUCACGUGGUAUGGAGCACAAGAUAUUCAAAGUGGACUUCGGGAGUGUCAAUGGAUCAUCCUGAGGCAUGAUGGGAACGACAAGCUUGUCGUUUAUGAUAAAACCAUUGAUGAAGCUAACACAACGUAUAACGUACGUCAUGCAGAAAGAGCCGCUGCCCAACUACAAUUAACCACCAAUGCUUCGUAUUUUAAUGCCAUCCGUUGUACCAAUAACGCCGGCGUCACUAGUUAUCAGUAUUCUAACGGUUGGUCAGUAGCUGACCAAUGGCCUGUGAUGUCAUAUGUUUACGAUGGACUUGGAUCACGUGAUUUAGAUUAUGACGUCAUUGGCGAAAUACUUGGUGCAUCAUGGGGAGCAUUCUACGACGAUUCAAAAGACCCCCUCAUAGGAUACGAGUGGGCUGUGGGGACUAUAGGAGCACCUGAGGGUAUCAUGGAGUACACAGAAGUAAGGUUGCAUGCAAGGGUUUCGAAAUCGCUGUCUGACAGCGACAUUGAGCUGGAGCCUGGGGUAAGGUAUUACGUCACUGUCCGCGCGACUUCAUUGAGCGGAAGGACUAGUAACAAGUCUUCAAACGGAUUCAUUGUGGACAGGACCGCACCGACGGAAGGCGUGGUUACAGUGGCUCACAAAAUUUUGAACCAAACUGCAAAUGAAGUCGAUUAUACCCUAACUUGGGAUGGUUUUAAAGAUUUAGAAAGCGGGAUCCGUGGUUAUGAGUUUUGUUUGGGCUAUAUCAAAGAUGUCUGUUCGACUGCCCCUACAAAUGCCGGUUUAAUACUUCAAGGAACUGUUCAACAAUUCACACCUGUUGACCUGAGCACGCCAUUCUAUGGUAUUGUCAUAGCAACGAACAACGCAGGCUUGAAAACAACCGUUAAUUCUGAUGUGAUCGAAAUUGACUUCACUCCACCUAUAGCGGGGACGGUAAUCGACGGCGUUGACAAAGACCUCAACUAUAUCAACGACAGUGCUCCCUUGGUUACCACAUGGUCUGGGUUUACAGACCCGGAGUCUGGUAUCAAGAAAUGUAGGCUUACCAUCAUUGAGGAGGGACCUACCGGGCCUUAUCUCGUUGUAAGGUUGACGGUCAACGUGAGCGGGUCCAUUCCUCAUAAAUUUAUUUUAAUACCUGGUCUGAAAUAUAUCUCGACUGUCGAAUGCAGUAACCGUGACGGUUUUAAAACCUCAGUUUCUUCUAACGGCGCGAUUUGUGACAACACUCCUCCAAUAUCGGGAAAAAUAUUUCACGGAACUGUUCAGAAUUCCGACAUUGAUUACCAGUCUUCUACAAACGCCCUCAGCGUACACUGGAGCCCAGGCAGCGAUCCCCAAAGUGGCGUCAAAGAGUAUUUAGUGGCCGUAGGGACUGGACCCGAUCGCGACGACGUACGCGGAUUCGCCACGGUUGGCAUGGCAACCAAUGUACAAGUCGUAAAUCUCACUAUGAAUUCUGGGUCCACUUAUUACGUCACGUUAGAAGUUGUAAAUAAUGCUGGAUUGAGGUCACGUGUUUCGUCAAGCGGUGUCAGAGUUGACUCGACACCUCCAAUAAUAACAAAGGUAACUAUCAGGAUUUUGGCCAUCCCGCUCGAUGGAACUAAAGCCCUGGGUAAACUAGGAAACAUUGUUGCGGAAACAUUUGUGAUUCUCGAUGUUUUCUAAAAUGUUUCCAUGUUUGCCCACCCGUGGAAGCAUUGUUGCGGAAACAAAAUUUGCUUCCUGGGAAGGAAAAAUGUUUCCUAGCAAAUUCAGAAACAUUUGAUGUUUUCCUAUGUUUCUCACUAAUGUUUCCUAGUGUUUGCCCACUCUGGGAAACAAGAAUGUUUCCUAGUUUCAAUGUUUCCUGGGAAACAACAAUGUUUCCGCAACAAUGUUUCCUAGUUUGCCCAGGGCUUAAAGAUUGAAGGAUUUUGAAGAUGGAAAUUUCCAGUUUGAAUUUUUAUACAUUUUUUAAACCUAACCAGCUGCAGACGAAACAUUAGUUCAAUUCCUGCCAGAAAGUCUAUAGUUGCAUUUUUUCACAACUACUUCGUGUUAGGUCUAAGUGAAUUCACACUUAAUAUUUCCAUCAACAGAAAUCCGUCAACAUAACCAAGGUCAGGACAAGGUAUAAGUAUGAGUUUCAAACGUAGGGUUUAAUGUUUGUGGUAUACUAUCAUGAUAAGCUGAAAAGAUUCAAAACAACUCUGCAUUCCUAGUAAAAGCUCUUUGGCAGCAAGUUAAUAGCUGGAACGGGCCUCCUCACGGAAUGUCAAAAGAUUUUAAAAAAGUUUUCAGGUAUUUAAGUUAUAUAUGAGCGAAUGAGGUCACAAAGGCAUUGAAGAAAAAUAUUUUUGCUAACCUGCGAUGUAUUUGUAACCAUUCGUACUUUAUCUCACUCAUUUUCUGCAAAAGAAACACAAUUCAGUCUAAUUAUGAUUUGCGUAGUAGCGAUACAGACCCAUGGUUACCUAAGCCUAACAGUGAAUUUUUAAAGAAAACUUUUCGAUAAAGUGGUGCCAUGCAAUGGAAUCAUCUUUCUGAGGAUUAAAAAAAUUCUGAAAUCCUUUCUUCUUUUAAAAGAAAAAUACGUUAGGCAUGAACACCUCCUUUGGAUCGCACCAAUUGUUAAGUUUUUAUAUAAUUCCUUUUCUAUUAUUCUUUGCUUCCUUGUUUUUUUAUAUAGUUUAACUUGUAUAUAGUUUAAUGUGUAUAUUCUUUAAUUUCUAAGUAGUUAUUGUGUGACGCCCCUCAUGAAAAGCAACUCGCAAUGAUCGAGGCUAGCGUGUUUAAAUAAAGUUUUACCAUACCAUACCAUACCAUUUCAGGUAAACUUUCAAUCCUCGGACACAGUGCCAGGGUUUAUCGGACCAGGAGAGUACUUAAAUGGAAAUUGGAACACGUAUGACGAUGAGAGUGGCAUAGACUUCACUGAAUACUGUAUUGGUACAACCACUGGCGGUUGCCAAGUAGAAGAUAUGCAACGUAUGCCUGAAAACCAGACAAGUGUCACUUGCUUUGAAUGCAAGCUAAAACACAAGCACACUUAUUUCAUGACUAUACGAGUCUGGAAUAAAGCGGGGUUAUUUAAUUUAGCCACCACGGAAGGGGUAACGGUAGACCUAACCCCACCCACAAACGGAGAAGUUGUAUUAAAACCACCCUACAUGCCUUGUUUGGAAACCUGUAGCCUGCGUGCGACAGUAAGUGGCUUUAUAGACGAGGAAAGUGGAAUUAAAGACUGUGAGUUUAUCAUCAAAACUAGCAACGGGACAAUUGUGACUCCAGCGCAAACUACAACAAGCCAGGAUCAUAUACUGGCUGCUAACUUGACACUAACACAUGGAGAAAGUUACAACGUUGUUGUUGCUUGUAUAAACUCGCUGGGUGUAAGAAGCAUGGAAGUUGAUUCGUCGCCAGUAAGAAUCGAUAACACCCCACCGGAAAACGUAAGUCAUUCGCAAUUACUAGAGAGCAUAUUUAAUUUAGAGACUGUAUAACCCCGCCAGCGAAUUAAUUUAUGUGUCAUGCAUAAAUUAUACCCAUUGUAAAUUUAUAUUCAGUUUACUCUGCCCAGCAUGACAAAGCAAGACAAACUUUCGCUAAUUCUCAUCCAUUUUUCAUCAAAAUUUAACCAAAAUUUCAUCAAUUUCUCCUUGGGCAAUAUCCAUUAGUCACAUACAUUUUAACAUUAAUACGUGUGGUAAUACGUGAGUGUAGUAAGUUACCAUGGUGACAGACAAACACACAGCCACACGUACACACGCAGAUGGAAACAAAUUCUUGGCUAAGGCUUUUCGUUCGAAAAGUACUUAGACUUGGCUAUAGACAUGGCCGCCGAGAGGGAGGGGGCAACGGGAGAAAAUUGCCCCGGGCCCUUACCUUAAUAUGGCUCCAACUUGAGAGCAAGAGCUUAAAAUUGAGUAGGUUCUUUAAAUUUGUCACAGCAUUUUUGAAAUUUAGGGCCCCUCGCAGUAGCUCCACAUGCAGUUUAUAGGUCUAGUUGGGUGACUGACUUGGGUCUACCUUAAAAAUAAUGAUGUCAUAGGGACCCUAGAGAAGAUUUUCCCCGGUCCCCGCGAAUUCUCUCAGCGGCCCUGGUUACAUAACCUAGAUUUCGGGAUUGAGAUAUCGGCUUUGGGGUCAGUUAGCUUGUUAGUGAUGAUUAAUUGUAUAGAGUCUUAUAUAUUAUCUAAUAUAACUGUAUGAUUUUGUAAAUGUGCCCAUCUGUAAUAAGAUAAGCCCAACAUCUCCAUGACGAAAACGAGGCUCUAUAGCCAAUGCCGAAUACAUUCCGGAAGGGUGUAUUAACAGUAUUUCAUUAUGUGAUGUAAAUUUGCAUAUUUUUAAGAAACUUACAAAAACUGAACUAUCCCAUUUUAGGGUGUGGUGAUAAUCAGUCCAGAUUCAAACCACGACAUACGACAUCAACAUACGGGAUGUCACUUCCUUAACACAACACUACGUGUUUACUGGACUGGUUUCCAUGACGACGAAUCACACAUUGCUGGAUUCCGGGUCGCUAUUGGUCGAGCCCCACUGGGUGCGGACAUCAUACCAUAUAAAGAUUUAAAUAUUGACUCGGAAACUAUGUUUGAGUUAAUUCAGCAAUAUGGACUGUCUCGAGGUGAUACAAUAUUCGCAACAGUUGAGGCAACCAAUCAAGCUGGGCUUGUCACAAAAGUUUCUUCGCAACCUACAAGACUUUUAUUAGAUACAGAUAACACUCUACUUAACGAACGAGAUUUUGUGUGUGUAAAUGUUUAAGAGAAAUGAUAGCUUUACUUGGGAGAUAUUUCGAUGUAUUAAUAUACAGUCUAAUCCUUAUUAACAGACAGACACAUACCUCCGAUCCCAAUGAUUUGUUUAAUAAAAUACUGUUGUCAUCCCUUAUUAAGCGGGCGCCUCUAUUAAGCGAAAGCGGACAUAGGUAACUGAUGAAUGUAAAUAUGCAAAUUUUCGUAUAACAAUCAAUGGUAAAAAUGUAUUCAACUAAUUAACUAGACAUAUUUUUGUUUUUUAUUGUUUGCAGUAUUUCUAUGUAGUAUAUAAACGCUAAUAGCUUGAAUUCAACUCCUAAAACAAACUUUUCUUUCUUGAAUUUUUCUUUCAAACAGUUGCUUCUAAAUUAGUUGGGUGUUACCCCUAUUGCGUUUAAUAGAACAAACCCCUAUCAUAAGCGGACAACGGACAACCCUAGUAAGCGCGGGACAAUUAAAUUGGUGAGGUCCCCGAAGCGUCCGCUUAAUACGGGAACGACUGCAUUAUCGGGAUAUUUUCACUCAUAAUAAUGGUAUCGAAGGUAGAAAUUUGAGCAACGAUAUAUCGUAAUUAUUGUUAUAUGGUUGAUGACUAUUGUGAUAUUGCUUUGCAUGUGUACAUCGCUUUUUAUAAAAGUUAUGAAAGGGGAAAACAUUUUUUAAUUUCAUGAAAAUAUAAUUUUUAGAAUAAUAAAAUCUUUUCCGAAAUUUU